UGAAAUCUUUGGGUUUAACAAAUGUCAAACUUCCUGGACAGAACUGUCAAAAAGUUUUUGCCCAAAACAAAUACAUUUAUGCCUUAUUGCGACAAAAGAAGUUUCGUGUAACAACUUAAGUAGAUACAUAAGAAGAUUUUUAAGACAAUGCAAUGUCAUACAGGAUGUAAGAGUGAGCUGAGUUUUGUGUAGGAAUUGUCAUAUACUUGCAGAGAUGAGGAAGAUGCUUCCUGGAAUUGGUGUUUUUGGAACCACUCCAAGUAUUAGAACAUUUGUCGCCAUUCUUAAUUCCUGUGGUUUUAAGGUGGUUGCAUUAUGGGGACGUGUAAAGGCGGAAGCAGAACAGUUAGCAUCAGAACUUAAUAUUCCCAUCAGUACGGACAAUGUUGAUGAAAUUCUGCUUAACAAGGACGUUGAUGUGAUAGUAAUUAGCUGUCCUCCCCAUAUGCAGUCUCCAAUCGCUGUUAAAGCACUGGGUAUCGGAAAGCAUGUGUUUUGUGGUACACCGGCAGGUCCAACCCACGUUGAAUCUCUGAAAAUGGUACACGCAGCAGGGUAUUAUCCAAAACUUGCCGCAAGAAUGAUUUACGGACUUCGCUUCCUUCCAACUAUCAAAACAAUGAAAAAGUUGAUUGAGGACGGAUUCCUAGGCGAGUUAAAGAUCUGCGAGAUCAGGGUCCAUUAUUGGAACUAUCCUAAGGAAAAGUUUGAUUGGACAUGUGACGAGAUUAUGGGAGGCGGUAUUUUAAAUUCUAUAGGCAGUAAUUUGAUUGACAUAGUCACAUAUCUUACCUCACAGAAAGCCAUAAGUGUUCAUGGUAUGCUGAAAACCUACACAAAACAAACUGAAAAAAUAAAGGGCAUAAGGGAGAUAACUAGCGACGAUUUCUGCUCGUUUCAGUUAGAGCUUGAUUAUGGGGCUUGUGCAACUGUAACUAUCAAUUCUCACAUGCCUGGUCAGUUUUUUCAGGAAAUAAUUGUUGUCGGCACAAAAGCAAGGCUAACUGCGAAAGGAGCAGAUUUGUACGGGCAGAAAAAUGAUUCCCGGAAAGAAGAGCUUCUUCAUUUUGAUCCAAUUAACUUCAAGGAAGAAGAGCGGUAUGGUGUCUCCGAGAAAACAAGAUCGGUAAUACCUACGCCAUACCUUAAGGGUGUAAUACGCAUGAUGGAAAGCGUGAAGGAAGCUUUCGAUAAAGAAGAAGAAAGGCAGAGUUACUGUCAGGAAAUGUUAGAGAUUGCCGCCACUUUUGAGGAUUCGUUGUACGUCCAGACGGUUAUUGAUGCCAUUAAGGCGUCAAACCAUAGUAAAGAGUGGGAGAAGGUUGAGGUGAAGAUUGAUGAGCCGGCACCCAGCCCAAUUCUACCCCAUGGAGCCAGUAAAACAUAAAUCUUCAAUAUAUUGUUUAGGAACCAGCAGUAUUUAUUUUACCAUUUGAUAAAGUAGUUUGUAUUAGACUAAGUAUACUUUUUAUUGAUAGAUCUUUUAUAUUAUUUAUUUAUUGUGUAUGUGCGAUGAGAUAUUAGAUUACUUUUAUUACUUUUAUUCUGUUUAAACAGAUGCACUAGACACAAAAGGUGAAUUUGUUAAGAAUGUACCAAAAUUUGAAGAAUAGAAUCCAAAACAUAAUUUUGAAAAAUUAAAUUUUGAGUUGAAAGGGCUGUCAUUAAGGGACAUCUGUAGGCCAACUCAAAAUUUUGAAAACACCCUUUGUGAUAGAACUUAAAUUAACUGCCUCAAAUUCAAAACAGACCAUCUUAGAAAGUUUUUAAUGACAACCCGGAGUUAUAUAUUCACAAUCUUUGUGAUACUUGACUGAAUUUAUUAUUAUUUAAUACUAUCAUCAAUAAUAC